AUGACGCGAAGUCGUUUCUGCUGCCUGCUCUCGGGGCCUCUCUGCCUCAAACUGCUGACUUUCCUUGUGCAGAAGCAACACAGUGUCCCCACCCGGGGAGGGGCCACCUGUGGCCCGGAGCUCCCGAGGGAGAUUGUGCAGCUUGGGGUCAACGGAGACGAGGUCGGAGAGGCUGGUGUGUGGAAGUGUAAAGUUAGAAUAAUUUUAAGGAAAGUCCACUUGUGCCUGCGUCCGUGGGCUCCGGGGGUAAAGGACCCAAGAUCAAACCAGGAGGCCGGCUGCUCCGACUCCCUGUUCUGGAAGCUGAACCAGUGGCUGAUGAUCCACAUGUUCCACUGCCGCAUGGUGCUCACCUACCACAUGUGGUGGGUGUGCUUCUGGCACUGGGACGGCCUGCGCAGCAGCCUGUACCUUCCGCACCUGGCGCUGUUCCUCGUGGGGCUGGGUCUGCUCACACUCGUCCUCAACCCCUACUGGACCCAUAAGAAGACGCAGCAGCUCCUGACCCCGGUGGACUGGAACUUCGCGCAGCCGGAGCCCGGAGGCGGGCGGCCCGUGGGGGCUAAUGGCCAGGUGCCGCAGAAGAAGGGGCAGUAGCCGCCCGGAGCCCAGGGCCCCGGGGCGCAGGCGGCUGCUGUCCACGGGCUCCGCGAGGUCCCCGCCGCAGACUCCCGCGGAGUGAGGCAGGGACCGCGCUGUCCCCGGCGCUCUUUCCGAGUCACACUGACUGUGCUGAUUUCCCGGUGGCUGCAAAGGGUGUGCAAAGCCCGGCUUUGCCUCUGGGGGCACAUUUUUGCCGUCGCGAGCCUGUCGCCUGCUGUGGUUUGCUCCUGCGCGCCUAACCGUGUGCGGCCCUGUUGACCAUCAGGGAGGGCGUCACGGUGGCGGCCGGGCCACCUGUCCAGGAGGAGGGAGCGCUCCCAGUGCCGGGCGUGACUCGGCAUCAGCAACCCUCCCCCGCCCCCCCUUCCCAGCCGCCGUGGCCGUCAGCAUCCGGUCUGUCCGGUCACACGGUCAGCAGUUUGUGUGUCCUAUCUGGUGGUGGUGACCUUCUUAGCCGCAGGGCACUGUCCUCGGACAGAAGGGGUCCUGUUUGGGCCCCUUGUUAGAAUCUCCGUGGUUGGAGAGGCCAGCCUGGCUGCGGUCGCGCCAUCUGGUGGCGAAGCCGCGGGCGGACCCCUUGCAGGAGUGACCCUCCCCCCCUUGGGGGACAGAGCCAGCCUGGUGGGUGUGUGUGCUCCAGUGCAGGCUGUGGGGUCACGCAGCAGGGGAUCUCCAGUAAAACCAGAAGCGUGUAUUCACACUCUCUUGGUCACUUGGUAAAAUAAGGUAGAUGUUCGGUAAUCAGACCUGUCUGGAUUUUAGAGCCGUUUUCAACGGACCGAGUUGCCGGUGUGCUUCCCAACCGGACCCUCAUUCCGUGGCUGGCGUUCCUGAGGGUUUCAGGGCCAGGCACUGGGCACUCUGCCCUGCGAGCUGGGAGGGCAGGCA